GGGCAGCUUUCCAAGCACGCCGAAGAAUGGGUGACGUACGAGUCACGAGAACUGAGUCAUCGUAGCAGCGCGCGCGAUUAGUGAGUUGUCACAGUUUAAAGCUCGCUGCUUUGUGCUUUGUAUAGCUCCAAAAUCCAAUCGAGUUGAUCAUGCCUCUCUGUGGUGGACUCUCGGAGGAAGUUAAGGACGCUGAUGACACAGUCAGGGAGAUUUGCGAAAAGGUUCGCGCGGAAGUGGAGGCGAAGCUGGAAAAGUGCUUUCCGGAGUUUACGCCUGUGAAGUAUCGCACGCAGCUGGUGAACGGCAUCAACUAUUUUGUAAAGGUUCACGUAGGUGAUAACCAGCACAUCCACGUCCGUGCACACAAGGCUUUCCAGGGCGAGAUAACGUUCUCAGCUGUGCAGGAAGGGAAGACCUUGGAAGAUCCGCUCGAGCAUUUCCAGUGACGGCUACGGCCAACAGUUGCCCUUUACGUAUGUGAGGAAAUAAAGGAACAAAUUUUACGCGA